UAAAUUUGUAGACAACAAGCCUGCAUACAAGAUGGCGCUGGUAUGCCGGGACAAGAAAUCUACUGCUGCCCAUUUAAAGGCAGACCUUAAUCGGACUGACAACAGCUCUGGUGUCCGACAACUUAAAGAACUGCUUGAUUGUGUUCUUGAUCCAGAAAAGCCAGCGGCAGACACAGAAGCCCUUGACUGGUGUAAAUGUCUAAUAGCAGGAGGAGAAGGUUUCGAGGAGUUCUGCAAAACGGUCCGGUCCUAUGACAACGCUACUCUAUGUGGCUUGGUUUGGACAGCCAAUUUUGUGGCAUACCGCUGUCGGACCUGUGGCAUUUCUCCUUGCAUGUCACUUUGUGCAGAGUGUUUUAACAACGGCGAUCACACAGGCCAUGAUUUCAACAUGUUCAGGAGCCAGGCUGGUGGGGCCUGUGACUGUGGAGACAGUAAUGUCAUGCGAGAAACUGGAUUUUGCAGACGGCAUCGGUUAAGAACCGGGGAGAAUGUCCCCUCAGUCCCCCGAGACUUACUACUGAUGUCAGAGAUGGUCCUGCCUCGCUUCAUCAUCUGUAUCAUACAGUACCUAAGGGAUGGAUACACUGAACCAGACACAUCAACUGAGAGGGACCUACAGAAGGUCUUACAGCAGCUGGAGCCCCAGAUCUCCUUCUUAGAAGAACUUACGAAGAUGGGCGGAGCAAUGAGAACUGUACUAACAAAGAUCCUAACGAAUCAGCAAAUAUUCAAGGACCUGAGUAUGGGUCAAGAGGAAAACGUAUAUGCAAAAAAGAACUACGAGAAGUACCUGUCAGCACUGAAGAACUCAGGCCUGGUUUCUGUGGAGGAGAAGGCCCAGUCUGGGGCUGCUGAGCCCACUCCUGGGGUUGAGGCAGGAGCAGGGGCUGGCACAGGGGCUCUGGUCUUACUGGGAGCUGAAGCACCAGCUAGCCCUGAUGAGUCCAAUAAAGAGGAGGAUCAAGAUGGGGGGCAAUCUGUUGGACAGAGAAAGAGGGUAAAACUUAGUAGCACUGCCAAAGAUCCAUCCAUUAUGGACUCUCUGAAACACAAAUGUUUUCUGGAGGAGUUGCUGUUUUGGACAAUAAAGUAUGAGUUUCCUCAGAAGAUGGUUACUUUUCUACUGAACAUGCUGCCAGAUCAAGACUACAAGAUCACCUUCACGAAAACAUUUGUUCAACAUUAUGCAUUCAUUAUGAAGACACUGAUGAAAAGCCAGGAGUCAGAUACCAUGUCCAACCGCAUUGUACAUAUCAGUGUACAGCUGUUCAGCAAUGAGGAGCUAGCACGUCACGUCACCGAGGAGUGUCAACUACUAGACAUCAUGGUUACUGUCCUCCUCUACAUGAUGGAGAGUUGCCUUAUCAAAAGUGAACUUCAAGAUGAAGAGAACAGCCGCCAUGUUGUGGUAAACUGCAGCGAGGCUCUGCUGAAGAACAACACUUACUGGCCGUUAGUUAGCGAUUUUAUUAAUAUUCUCUCACACCAAAGUGUAGCAAAAAAAUUCCUGGAGGAUCACUCACUGCUCAUGCUGUGGAUGAGCUUUGUGUCCUUCUUUCAAGGUAUGAACUUGAAUAAGCGGGAGUUGAGUGAGCACGUGGAGUUUGAGUCCCAGACGUACUAUGCAGCAUUUGCAGCAGAGUUGGAGGCCUGCGCACAACCAAUGUGGGGUCUCCUCACACACUGCAAAGUCAAAGAGACACAGGAAUAUACCAGAACAGUGGUGCGUUACUGCUUGGAGACCCUGCAGAUCUGGUUUGAUGCCAUUGGCUUUGUGGACGAGCCUGCUCCAAAUCAAGUGACGUUUCACCUGCCGCUGCACCGCUUCUAUGCCAUGUUCCUAAGCAAGGCAGUGAAGUGCCAGGGGCUUCAUCUGGACAGUCUCCUCCCAGACCAAGAGAUGCUCAUGAAGAUCAUGGUCCAUCCACUCCAGAUUCAGGCGAGCCUGUCAGAGAUCCACAGUAACAUGUGGGUCAGAAAUGGUCUCCAGAUCAAAGGACAGGCUAUGACAUACGUGCAGUCUCACUUCUGCAACUCCAUGAUCGAUCCAGACAUCUUUCUGCUCCAGGUGUGUGCGUCAAGGCUUGAUCCCGACUACUUCAUCUCUUCAGUGUUCGAGAGAUUCAAAGUGGUGGACCUCUUGACCAUGGCCUCUGUGCACCAGAAUGCAAUACUGGAUGGUGAGCACGAGAGGCCAAUGCUGGAGGGAGCCUUGACGUUUCUCGUCAUCUUGUCCAGUCUUCGCAUCCACUUGGGCAUGGCCGAUGAUGAGAUUCUCAGAGCCGAGAUGGUCUCCCAACUGUGCAUGAACGACCGCACCCACAGUUCACUGUUGGACCUCAUUCCUGAGAAUCCCAACCCCAAGAGUGGGAUCGUGCCGGGAAGCUGCAGCUUUGAGGAGAUGCUGUCUGCCGUGGCUGACUUCAAAGCCCCGGUGUUUGAACCUGGGGGUUCCAUGCAGCAGGGCAUGUACACGCCUAAAGAGGAGGUGUGGGAGAAGGAGUUUGACCCCAUCAUGGUUGUUCUCAGAACAGUCUACCGUCGUGAUGUCCAGUCAGCAAUGGACAGAUACUCAGCAUUCUUGAAACAGUCUGGGAUGCACACGACAGGGAAUCCAUGGCCACCGUACAAAGAGCGGACUCCUCUGCACCCAUGUUACAAAGGCCUGGACAGACUGUUGCACUGCAAGACUCUGCACAUUGUCAUCUUCACACUGCUUUACAAGAUCUGGCUGGAUCACUCCAACAUGUCUGAGCAUAUUCUGUGCAUGGUGCUCUACCUGAUUGAGCUGGGCUUGGACAACCAGGUUCAAGAGGACAAGGAGGAUGAGGAGCCUUGCAUUGAGGAGCACUGCCAUGACAGCUGGUUCCCAGGCACCAACCUCCUCUCCAACCUGCACCAUGUCAUCAACUACGUGAGGGUGAGGGUGCCUGAGACUGCCCCCGAGGUGAAGAGGGAGAGAGAUCCCCCUCCCAGCACCAGCGCUGAGGCAUCCAACUUCGGCCAGAAUUCCAGGCGUCUGACAGGGAAUUGGAGAGAGAACGUGCGGGAGGCGCAGGUGUUCAGCUUGGUGGCGGAGCGCAGGAGGAAGUUCCAGGAGAUCAUCAACCGUAGCAGCACCGAGGCCAGCCAGGUGGUGAGGCCCAAGAGCAGCUCCACGCGCUGGGUCCCGCCCGGCACGCCUCCCCAGCUGGUCACAGAGAUCCUGGAGAUCCGCGAGAGCAUGCUCUCCCUGCUCAUCAAGCUGCACCAGAAGCUGUCGGCCAAGCAGAACUCUCUGUCGGCCACCUGGCUGGAGGACAUGGAAGCCAACCCCAACCACCACGCCCACGGGGACGGCAUCACAGCCAUCGAGCGCAUCCUCACCAAGGCGGCCACUCGCAGCCGCCAGAGCAAGCGCAGCAUCCAGGAGAUCUGUGGGAAGGUCUCUCCUCCCGUCGCUCCCAAGAAGAACAGCCCCACUGACAAGAAGACCAUGGAUAAGGACGAGAGGCGCCAGAGGGCUCGAGAGAGACAGCAGAAGCUACUGGCUGAGUUUGCCUCUAAACAGAAGAGUUUCAUGGAAACAGCCAUGGAUGUUGAAUCCCCGGACGCUGAAGCAGCCAUGGACCUGGGUGCCUCUGAGGUGAUGGAGUCUGAGGUCCUCUAUGACUGUGUGAUCUGUGGCCAGAGUGGCCCUUCCACUGAGGACCGGCCCACUGGCCUGGUGGUUCUCCUCCAGGCAUCGUCAGUGUUGGGACACCGAUACAAGAGUGACGAGGCGAAGAAACUGCCUACCACUGACGAUGAGCACAUCUACCCAGCGGACACGUGCGGGGCGACUCACGACGUCAGACUCGCGCUCAUGCAGCGCUUCUUCAAAGACAGUUCCUGUCUGCAGUCGGUCUCAAUAGGCUGGGAUGGAGGUGUGUAUGUGCAAACCUGUGGACACACCCUGCACAUAGACUGUCACAAGUCCUACAUGGAGUCUCUGCGGAAUGACCAGGUGCUGCAGGGCUUCUCUGUGGAUAAGGGCGAGUUCACCUGCCCGCUGUGCAGACAGUUUGCCAACAGCGUGCUGCCUUGCCGCCCAGGCCGGAGCACCGAGGUGGUCAGCUGGCACAUGCCCACCAACAAGAAGACCGCUGUGCUGGUGAAGGAGGUGGAGGACCUGCAGGAGCAGCUGGGACUUUUCCCAGUAAGCACCACUACGGAGUCCAACCUGAGUAAAGAGAUGGAGUUGGUCAUCAAGGACAUCAAGAACACCACCCAGAGGAAGUAUAUGGACUAUGGCAAGAACCCUGGUUCCCCUGACAACGACUUCCUCUUCAUGUACUCUGUGGCCAGGACAAACCUGGAGCUUGAGCUGGUGCACCGUGGAGGGAACCUGUGUUCUGGAGGAGCCAGUGCUGCAGCCAAGCGCUCCUGUCUCAAUCAGCUUUUCCAUGUGCUUGCCAUGCACAUGCGUCUGUACAGCAUUGAUUCUGCAUACAACCCCUGGACCAGGUUGACCCAGGUGGCUCAGAGAAGCGACGAAUGCCAGGAUGACGAGAGGCCAGAGGUCCCCAUGCUGUUCAGAGACUGCCCAUCCCUGCUCAUCAUCUUUGUGUUGACCAUGCCACAGCCACUACGCAAAGAACACUUCAUCUGUCUGGUGAGGAUGCUGUACAACCUGCAGUACACCCAGGCUCUGGCUGCUCUCUCAGCCAAGUUCAGCCCCGAGGAGAGGCGGGCCUGGAGCACGUCUGGAGCUCUCAACAAGAAUGCUUUCAAUGCCGAGAAGUCCUUUGACGCUCUUCUCAGCCAUGUCAUCAGUGAGCUGUCCAAGGUGAAGACUGUGUAUGAUGUGAACGCUGAAGAGACGUCUAUGCAGAGCUCCUGUGUGUGGUCCCCACAGUCCAUAGAGUACAGCCUCCAGCGGUUCUGCCUGCCCUACCUCCGCCUCUCCUGUCUCCUGCAGCACCACCUCUAUGGGGACAACCUGUCAGGCUGCCCGGAUGAAGAGGAGUUCUCAGGCCUCGCCGGCUGUCUAGGGCUCCUGGCCCCGACCCCUCAACCAUCCAACCCCAUCUACAGUGCCUCAUGUCUUGACUGGACGGUCAACGCUUUCGACCUGAUGACUCAAUGGUGCUCUGAGGUCACGGGGCUCUCUGACACUCAGGCAGAGAAAGCAAUAACCUUGCUUGUCCAGGAUCCACAGUGGGCGUCCCCCCACCUCCUCCACUUACCUGACAACUACAACAUAAUCUUCCAGUACUACCACAAGAAGGCCUGCACUGCCUGCAAAAAGGUGCCAAAGGACCCAGCGCUCUGCCUUGUCUGUGGUGCCUUCGUCUGCCUCAAAGGGCUGUGCUGCAAGCAGCAGGGGAUCUGUGAAUGUGUUUUGCACUCUCAACACUGUGGCGCAGCAACGGGCAUCUUCCUAUUAAUCAACGCCUCUGUCAUCAUAAUCAUCCGAGGGCAUCGCUUUUGCCUGUGGGGCUCUGUUUACCUGGAUGCCCAUGGAGAGGAGGACCGCGAUCUACGUCGUGGCAAGCCCCUGUUUCUAUGUGUGGAGAGGUAUAGAGUGCUGGAGCAACAGUGGGUUUGGCACACCUUCGAUCACAUCAACAAGCGCUGGGGACCUCACUACAACGGGCUAUAAGGUCACCUGAACCCACACCCUGGUGGAAAAUAAUCUAUUUGGUUUAUGUGUCUGCCUCUAUUAAACAUAUAGGAAUCUUAUCAUGUGGUAUUAACAAAUAUGCAGUGAGGGUGUUACUGCCACAGCCUUGGUUUAUGUGGAGUUUGGUGUACAAUCAUGCCCUAAAGACUAACAGUGUGUGUGUUUUAUUUAAGUUAUUUACUGUGUGGAUUUCAACAAGGAAACCAAAUUUGAUAAGCUUAAAGUGAAAGCACAAUUUUUCUCAGUAACACAUUGGUUUGAAAGCACAAUUUUGCCCAGUAACACAUUGGUUUGAAAGCACAAUUUUGCCCAGUAACACAUUGGUUUGGAAGCGGUUUUGAAGCCAGAAAUAUUGGUUUUUCAGCAAAAAAUACUCAGAUUUUGGUGAAUAUUUGUACACUCUGAUUGGCUUACAGUAUGAGUUCCAACUACUGGAUAUUUGGAAGAUAUAGAAUGACACAUUUGCCCCUGGUAAGGUUAAUGAUUAUCAUCUUUGUCACCAUGUACAAGUUGAUACAUAUCCCUCAUUUUUAGACUUCAUACUGCUGGCAUGAGUUUAAAGCUCUUGAUAAGUAUAGCGAUGUUAUUGCAAAUUGUGUGUUUGGGACAUUCUGGUAGGUGACAAGUCCACUCAUCAACAAAGAGUUUAUUGCAGUUAAGUAAAGGCUCUUUUCUUUUAGGGUCUAGUUGCAGUUCAUCCUCAGGUAUGAUUACUUUUUUUGCUGUAGUUUAAAAUACAACAUUUUUAAUAUUUUAAAUAAAUGUUGCUGCUCAUUGUUCAAAUAAGUAAUUUUACCUUUGUAAAGAUUAUUUUUGUUUUAUUUUUCUAAGAAAUGAAGGCUUUAUGUUUAUGGUAGAUGGCUGGCAACAGGUUGUUGAUUCCAGCUUACUGCAAGGUUGAGGGAGACACAUGGUCAUCAUCUCUAUUGGGCUUUGCAGUCCUGCCUUUCACUAUGCCUCCGGCCCGGGGUCCCUGAGGAAACUCAAUGCCCACUCACCAGUCUGGCCACAGUAGAGUACACAGAAAAGACUUGUGGAGUAUAUCUGUCCAAUGUAAUUGGCAUGCUUUUCCCAAGAUCUCUAUUGCUCAGAAUGUCAAGUGCAAUGGGAUUUUGCUAUAGUUAAAUUGAAAUAUUUUAAUUUGGUGACUCAAAAUGCAUAGAAGUUAUUGUACUGAUAUGGCAUUCUGUAAGGGAAUGGGAAUCGUUUAAUCCUUUGUGCUGGUGAAGAAUUUUGCAGUUUUAGAGUAGAGUUGAAUCAUUUUUUGUUAGUACUUCGGAAAAAAUGUUUUGGCCUCAUGAUUUUCCCAUUUCCUUUUAAGUUUCUCUGUAAAGUUAUAGUACAUUUUAUGGGAAAUGUAUACGGGCUCAUAAUGCAAGAUCCCAUCUUUAAAUAACCAUAGGUAAAAACAAGUAAUUGGGAAAUUGUUGAAGAUAACAUUUUGAAGAGACCAAAAGCGAUCAUUGUGAAACUCCAUAAGAUGUAAUUUAGUUGGUUUUGCGAAGUGUAAUACCGUUAACCUUAUAACAAAUUUGUCAUUCAUGUAAUCCACACUUGUGGUCCAAUUAUAUCAUUUUCUAUACUUUCAAAUAACCUAUGUUUAUUUGUAUGCUUUUGGUUGUCAAAAGUUAUAAUUACAGUAUAUUUAUAAGGAAGCCUAUUUCCCUAUGCCUACAUUUCUCCAAGUUUAAAUCAAUAUCUUGGGUCAUGGAUGCAUUCCAAUGUUAGACAUCAGACUUCAAUACCCAUAAUACACAAUGUGUGCAUGGCAUUGUUUCGGUCACACUUUUUGAGUUUGGGGUCUUAAAUGCUUAGUUUCAAUUACCAUGUCACCAACUGGAUGAGUAGAUGGCCUAAUUAUCCAGUUGUGCCUGCAAGAUUAAUGUUACCUUUUAGUGAAAAACAACACAUUGAAAUCCCUGGGUGAUUUAUUCUGGUGAAAAGAUUUUGUGAAUUGCUGGUCCACAUCGUGCUAGAAGGAGGAAUCUUUUAGGGAAUAUUAUUUUCAAACCACGCAUGCUGCUCAUCUGUUUACUCUGAGAUUCCCUUCCCUCUUUUUCUCCAGUCCCUACUUUGUAGCCUACAUGACCGCAACAGAAUAUCCAAUGAGUUAUGGGUGUACAUUCUAAUUGAAAGCUCUUUGUGUUCUCCUGUAUGAAUGAAAAUAAGAAAGAAUACAGUACAUUACUGUAGGUGCUGAUUCAGACUUUCUGAGUUGGAUCAGAAAGUGUGACUUGGACAUUUAUUGCAAAAUGUAACAUAUGUUAAUAAAAUAUAAACACUGA